AUGUCCUGCAGGCCGGAGCUGCUCAAGCACCGGCUGCCCCACGCCGGUCAUUGCGAGCUGCUUGCCGGACCUGUGGAUGAGGGCUUUGCCCUCAGCAUGGAGCGCCCAUUGCUGACAGGUGAGUAGGUUGAGCAGGGGAGGAACCAUAAGCUGGAGUCUGAGGGCUGUGGGGAAUUGCUCCAGGUGCAGCAGGAAAGGAGAAUCUUUUCCCUGAAGGUCAUUGAGAAACUAGCAUUGGCAUGGAUUGUAGUUCUUCUAAGCAUUGCUCAUCAAACUGCUACAGCAUUGGGAAACACCAAAGUAUCAGCAAAUCAGAUACAUUUGAGAGUGGACAGAGCAAUCCCAUCUGAUGAUCCUCUGUGCUGGAGAGGGUUUUGAUGGGUGGAGGUGUCUGCCUGGAUGGUCUCUGCCAUUAACACAGGAAGCUUCCUUAUAUUGAGUCAGAUCAUUGGCUGUGUAGCUCGGGGUUGUCAUCAGCUCUCCAGAGUUUUAGAUGAGAUUCUCAGCCCUAUCUGGAGAUGCCUACAAAUUGAAAUUGGGACCUUGGGCAUGCAAAGCAAUGCUCUACCAUUGAGCUAUGGCUCCAGCCCCAUUUGUGAUGGCCUUGCCCCAACAGCAGCCGUGUGGGAGCUACCACUGGGGCAUUUCAUGGAGGGGGUGAGUAUAGGCCAGAGAAGCCUGCUAUCGUACGACAGCAACAGACCUGAUCCAGGCCUCUUUGCUGCUCCAGCUUGUGAAAAUGUAUUCUUCCAUACUCCCUUCCCAUCUUAAGAAGGAGGACUGUGAAAGCAGUGGUGGCUAUGCCACUCCAUCAAGGGUUAGCAUUGGCCCCCCCCCAAUGAACCUAUUAUUCCUCUUGAAUAUUAUCCUCUUGAUAUCCCUUACACAGUAUUCCAUUAUUUUUUAAAAAAGACUCAAGACUCACAAUUAUACUGGACAGCUUGAAAGCUAAAAGGUGAAUAGCUGUUUUACAACCAAUAAAAGGACUGGAGAAGGCUUCAAUUAGAGUCUUUUAAUUUCUUUUACACUUUCCUCCUACCCUUUCCCACAUGUGGCUUCUGAUUGCUCCAUAUUUUGACCCACUCCUUCCUGUGCUUAUUCUGAUGUGUGGCUGUCUCCAGAACAUCCCAUAUGUACCAACUGCCUAAUGUGCAAGAGCUCUUGGCUCCCAGUUUGUCCACUCUCAUGUGUAGAAGUUGAUGGGGUCAGCUUUCUAGCAGAGUCUUGUAGAUUCAUACUUUCCUGUCUACAGCUGACUUUCUUCCUGCUUGUUUGUAGGCGAUGGCUUCUCAGACUGGAUGACGGAGCGCACAGACCUGGCCACGCUCCUGAGUGUGUCAGGGGAGCCCUCGCCACUCUCACUGCCCUCCCCUCCUGCUCCGGACCUGGAGGCCAUGGCCUCACUGCUCAAGAAAGAGUUGGAGCAGAUGGAGGAUUAUUUCUUGGAGGAGUCACUCUCACCAGACCAGGUAGCACCCAGCACCCCUCCCUCUGAUGGGAACUUCCACUUCCCCUUUGGUGAUGGUUUUCAACCCCUCGACCACCACCCUGCACCUGCUCCCCUGCAGACCUUGGAUUCAAGCUGCUUAGAAUUGCUGGAGAUCUAUGGCGGAGAAGUGCCUGCUGAGCUCCCCCUGCAGGGCAGUGAUGUCCUUGCCCCAUUACAACGGUCAUCUGCCCUAGCACCCAAGGGGGACCGGCGCCAGAAGAAGCGAGACCAGAACAAGACAGCAGCCUUGCGGUACCGUCAGCGCAAGCGGGCUGAACAUGAGGCACUGGGGGAUGAGUGCCAGGCCCUGGAGGCACGCAAUCGUGAGCUGCGCGAGAAAGCAGAAUCCAUUGAGAGAGAAAUCCAGUAUGUAAAAGACCUUCUCAUUGAAGUCUACAAGGCACGAAGUCAGCGCCAGCGCACCUCCCCCUAA